GCCCCGCCCCCUGAGGAGACCAAGGGUCCUAACCAUUUCUCGCAGAGUACGCCAGUGGGACUUGUGGAAGGCUGCGUUGCUGGCGCAUGGCUGUGUUCCAGGAUGCAGACGACCGACUGCACGCUAUCGGGGCCCCGGCUGCCACCGCACGACCCGGGGACGCCGACGCUGUCCGUGGUGGACAUGCACACGGGCGGCGAGCCCCUGCGCAUUGUGCUGGGGGGAUGUCCGGAGGUGGUGGGCCCCACGCUGCUGGCCAAGCGGCGCUACGUGCGCCAGCACCUUGACUACGUGCGGCGACGGCUCCUAUACGAGCCCCGGGGACACCGGGACAUGUACGGGGCAGUGCUAGUGCCGAGCGAGCUACCAGACGCGCACUUUGGCGUUUUGUUUCUGCACAACGAAGGCUACAGCUCCAUGUGUGGUCACGCUGUGCUGGCGCUGGGCCGCUUUGCGCUCGACUUCGGCCUGGUGCCAGCACCUCCAGCCGGCGCCCACGAGGCCCGCGUCAACAUCCACUGCCCGUGCGGGCUGGUGGCCGCCUUCGUGGAGUGCGAGGGCGGCCUCAGCCGCGGCCGGGUGCGCUUCCACAGCGUCCCGGCCUUCGCACUGGCCACAGAUGUGCUGGUGGAUGUUCCUGGGCGUGGACAGGUGGUGGUGGAUGUUGCAUACGGUGGUGCGUUUUAUGCGUUUGUCAGCGCCGAGAAGUUGGGGCUGGAUGUCUGUUCCUCGAAGACCAGGGACCUUGUGGAUGCGGCAAGUGCAGUGACAGAAGCAGUGAAAGCUCAGUUUAAAAUUACUCAUCCUGAUAGUGAAGACCUUGCCUUUCUGUAUGGAACUAUAUUAACUGAUGGAAAAGACACUUAUAGUGAGGAGCCAACCACCAACAUUUGUGUGUUUGCGGAUGAACAGGUGGACAGAAGUCCUACCGGCUCAGGAGUGACAGCGCGAAUUGCCUUGCAGUGCCACAAAGGGCUUCUGGAGCCGGGCCAGACCAGAGCCUUCAAAAGCAGCGCCACCGGCUCAGUCUUCACCGGGAAGGCCGUGAGGGAAGCAAAGUGCGGUGAUUACAAUGCUGUUAUAGUGGAAGUGUCCGGGCAAGCCCAUUACACAGGUGUGGCGAGUUUCACAGUAGAAGGCGGUGACCCACUGCGGGAUGGAUUUCUUCUCAAGUGACUUCUGGGAUUUUGAAGGGCUUUCUUUUUCAAGCAGUUGUUUUCUUUAAGUAAUUUUUUUCUUAAUCAUGUGGAAACCUAUAUCCAAAUUGUACAUGUAAGCCAACUUCCACUCUUCCUAAACUAGGACACGGUGCCUAAGUACAAAGUCAUUGUACCUCAUCUUUGCCUCUAUUUACGUAUAAAUCUCAUGUCUAGCAACACAAUGCCAAAAAGUCAAAAUAAUUUUCUAGUCACUAACAUAUCAGGUAAAGCCAAAACCUUAGUUCUUGUUUUGAAAAAGUACUCUAUGGUAAUUAUUCUAAUACUGUUUCUAAAUGCUCUUGGCAUAAUGGCUUCAGUUGUAGCUCUCAAAACAGUGACUUAUUUUAGUCUUCCAAUUUUUUAGUGAAAUAAUGCCCUCUGUCCAAGUUGUUUGUGAGGGAAAUGGAUUAUCAUUAUAAGGUACUCAACCCUUGACGUACACAGCCUGGGAAGGAGGGGGUCGGGCCAGCUUCUCUGGGUGCCCGUUACGGCUGUGGCCAGGCGCUCUCUGUCCGGUGAAGGCCUGCUUUACCUAGGGAACUGAGGUCUAUAAACUGAUGUGAGAAGACCAACCUGUAGUUGGACUUUUGCUAUAUCUUUAAGGCUCUUAUGAGAGGGACUGUGUACGGCAUUGUUGAAAUACGGGUCCUCAGUAGAAGUCAACCAGUGAGCCACUAUAGUGUGACAAGCCUUUUACUUGUCGACUACAGGCCAGCUAGAUCGAAAACAUGAAAGAAUGGUUAACACUUGGUAUUCUUGCUAGUAAAUUGUCUGUGAGCCUGUUAAAAAGAAAUUUGAUCAUUAUCAGUCAUUGUAAAAUGAAGUAUUAAAAAUUAUUCAAUAUGUGGUGUUCUCAGUAUUCAUUAGACUCUGUUGAAGGUGAGCAGUAUCUCUUUUUCUGAGUAGACAGAAAUUGAAGGACUGUAUUUUUCAGACUAUAAGACACACUCCCCUGCCCCAAAUUUGGGAGGAAUAAUGGUUGUUAGUGCUGCUGUUGAAUUCUGUUUACAUUUACAUUGGUGAAAUAUUAUGUUAUUCAUGUUAUUAAAUAUUUUAUCACAUUUUUUUGCUUCAAAAUUCUUUUCCUAUUUUCCUCCUCUAAAACCUAGGUGCAUGUUAUGGUCCGAAAAAUAUGGUAACUAAUUCAUCUUAACUGGCUGUGCCAUCCAGCAAGUCUGUUUAGACCCAGUUAGUAGGUCUGUGAUGGAAUUCCCUGACCAAAGUUAAUUGCACAAAAGUAAUGCUAUAACAUUCUAUGGUAAAGAAAUCACUUCUCUCUAAAAAAAUGACACUAUCACUAGCUUUCUCCUUCUUUUAUCAACACUUUCCUUUCCCUGGGAAACGGUUUACCCCCAGAAUGUAGCCUUGCUGGGACCACCAGGCACACACGGGGCGCGCCAAGCAGGCUCCUUCCCCAGGUCCUGGGAUUUUGAGAGAAAUGACAGAAGGUCCACACAAUGGCAGACACAGACUUAUGCUGAUAGAGCCCGAGAGAGAUCACCCUCAGUUAGUUUCUGCUCUGUCUACCCACAGAGCUGCCCUGACUGCUCUCGUUCUUGGGGCUGGCUGUCAGACUGUCCUUUUGUAAUCUGAACUUCCCCUGUCCUUCCAGCAAAUUUCUCUCUUGCUUAAGGGAGACAGUGCCGUAUUUGUGUUGCUUAUAUCCAAAUACCUCCAUCCAUACACUACCCUUAAAAUCUCCUCUCUCUGCUGUAAAUGCCUGAGUUCAGACUGUUUCAUUUCUCCUGUGGGCCAUUACAAUGCCUUUUCUUAACUGGCCUCCCAGAUGCCAGAUUCUUCUCUGACAGUCACUUAAAUUUUUUUUUUUCUGUUUCUAGCAGUUUUCCAGAGUGCUAAGUGCUAAAAAUCUAAUAAAAAAAACCAAAUAGACAAAAUUCUAGGCUUCACAGAGCCUACAGUCUACCACAGGAGGCAAGCAAUAGUCACAAAAGCACAAUUAUAAACAGUGGUAUGUCGUCCGAGCCCAGGAAGGCUUCCCCUGAGAGACUCACAUUCAUUCGGAGACGGAGAUCCUCGGGGACCGGGGAAGUGGUGGUGCUGGAGCUUUCCUGGCAGAAGGGAUAGCAGGUGCAGGUGUCCUAGGGAACUCGCAAAAGGCCAGUGUGAGCUAAAAAGGAGCAAAGUGACCCAAAAUCAGACUAGAGAGGAAGGAGUUGUGAAAUCAUGCAGCGCCUUGUAAAUAUUAAGGAUUGGGGUUCUUACCCUAAAUCAAAAGGAGAAAGCCAUUAGUGUUUAAAUAAAUGGGUGGGAUGGUCAGAUUAAUUUUGUUUAAAAGAGCAUUGAGCCACCCUGGCUGGUGUGGCACAUUGUUCUGCAAAGUGAAUGGUCACUGGUUCAAUUCCUGGUCAGGGCACAUGUCUAGGUUGUGGUUUUGGUUCCAGGUCAGGCCGAAAGGCUGCCAAUCAGUGUUUCUCUCUGACAUCGAUGUUUCUCUCCCUCUCUCUCUCCCUCCCUUCCUGUCUCUCUUAAACAAACAAACAAACAAAAAAACCAAACAAAUAAAUAAAAAUUUACAAAUUUGAAAACAAAAGAGCACUCUGUCUAUAGUGUAGAGCAGAGGCUAGAUAUGGGGAGACCCAGUUAGGAAGUAACAGUAGCAGUCCAGAGAGAAGAUUCGAGCUAAGAUUCAAGAGGAGGAUCAAGUGAUGGAGGAAAUGAGUGGAUACAAAGAUACUUAAUAAGUAAAAUUCCCAGGUCUUGGUGAUUGGAUAUGGGCUGAAAAUGAGGGAGAAUAAUUCAUCAAGAAAGAACCCUAAGUUUUUGGCUAGUAAACUAGGUGGAAGGUGGUGCCAUGUUUGAAGAUGCAAAAUAUUGAGGACCAAGGUUUUUAGGAAAGAUCAUGAAUUCCAUUUUGGUCAUGUUGUGUUUGAGGUGCUUUGCACAUUGUGGGGCAAUGCCAAGUAGCAAGAUACAUGGUGUGGAGCUGGUGACGUAAUUUAGAGUUGUGAAAAUAUAGAUUUCAAAGCUGUGGGUGUGAUUGGGAUGAAGGAGGAAGUCCAGAGCUGCCCAGGACUGGGCCUUGAAGGCCUCUAGAAUUUAAAGGUAGGUGGGGGAGGAUGAACUGGCUGAGGACACUGAGGCAAACAAGGAAGGAGGGAAACCAGGAGAAUGUGAGGUCACUCUUGUCUUUCGGAACCAUACCUGAUCAUGGCCAUCUCUUGCUGAAACUCUUUCAGUGGCUAGUGCCAUUAACCCCGUCUUCUCCCAGUGAAGUUUGAUCUCUGUACUUCAUCCUGUCUACUACACACCAGGCCUUUCUAAGAGGGUCCCAAUCUGUUUUUAUUAUUUAUUUCCCUCUUCACUCCCUACCCUGAUGUACCUUAAGAUACAGAAAUUUCUCACCAGUACCCAAGAGUAAAGUACUUAGAUCCUAACCCUCAGACAUUGCACAUGGAUCAAACAUCCUUCUUUUUCUUUCUUUCUUUUUUCUUUCUUUUUCUCUCUCCCUUCCUUUUCUUUCCUCUUUCUUUUUUUCCUUUCCUUUCUUUCGAAGAGUCCAAUGUCACUUCUCAUGUGAAGUCUCCAACAGCUACCCUAGGAAGAGUUAGUUGCUUCCAUACAUUAAAUUUCUGUAUUUUUUUAACAACACAACAUUGUAAUAUAUUUGUGCUUACCUAAGACUAAAG